UCAAAUGGUACUCCGUUGCGUCGCUGAAGCGUCUGAUGAGCCCGACGGUCCUAGGAAGCAUCGCUGCUUAUUUCAUAUUUUAUAGCGAUAAAGACAGAAGAAGGUCAGGUUGUAAAAUGAAGACCUUAAAAUAUUUUCAAAUUAUUACGUGUUAGCUUGCAGUCAGGCUCAGAGGAGUUUUGUUAUGAUUUGGCGUUGAUAUUGGCGAUGUUUACUGUGUGGGCUGAUAAGUUCCUCUGAAGGGUAGCCAAUAACUGGAGGCUCUAGCCGUCAGCUGCCUAAAUAUUAGGCAGAAAAAUACGAAAAAACACCUUUAUAUUGUUUCACCUGGGUCGUGUGGUGGCGGCAAGCCAACAAUUGACUCUGGAGCAGGACACGGAGGAUAGUAUGGCCAUGACGGGAGGGACUGCAGCUGCCCUUCCCAUGAGCAACCACACCCGAGAGAGGGUGACUGUGGCCAAGCUGACACUGGAAAACUUCUACAGCACUCUGCUAACCCAACACGAGGAGCGUGAGAUGAGGCAGAAGAAGCUGGAGAAGGCCAUGGACGAAGAGGGUUUGCCUGAUGAGGAGAAGGUAAUGCGGCGCUCACAGCACGCCCGCAAGGAGACCGAGUUUUUGAGACUGAAGAGGACGCGACUUGGCUUGGAUGACUUUGAGUCCCUUAAAGUUAUUGGACGAGGGGCUUUUGGAGAGGUCCGUUUGGUGCAGAAAAAAGACACAGGACACAUUUACGCCAUGAAGAUUUUGAGAAAAGCGGACAUGCUGGAGAAAGAACAGGUUGCUCAUAUCCGAGCAGAGAGGGAUAUUCUGGUGGAGGCGGACGGCGCGUGGGUGGUCAAGAUGUUCUACAGCUUCCAGGACAAGCGGAACCUCUACCUCAUCAUGGAGUUCCUGCCUGGAGGCGACAUGAUGACCUUGCUGAUGAAGAAGGACACUCUGUCUGAAGAGGCCACCCAGUUCUACAUCGCAGAGACGGUUCUGGCCAUCGACUCCAUCCACCAGCUGGGCUUCAUCCACAGAGACAUCAAACCGGACAACCUGCUGCUGGACUCCAGGGGACAUGUGAAGCUGUCAGAUUUCGGCCUGUGCACGGGACUGAAAAAGGCUCAUCGCACAGAAUUUUACAGGAACCUGACACACAACCCGCCCAGUGAUUUCUCCUUUCAAAAUAUGAACUCCAAGAGGAAAGCAGAAACCUGGAAGAAGAACCGGAGGCAGCUGGCUUAUUCUACUGUGGGAACGCCAGACUACAUAGCCCCUGAAGUCUUCAUGCAGACGGGAUACAACAAGCUCUGUGACUGGUGGUCCCUGGGUGUCAUCAUGUACGAAAUGCUCAUCGGUUAUCCACCCUUCUGUUCUGAGACGCCGCAGGAGACGUACAGGAAGGUGAUGAACUGGAAGGAAACACUCGUCUUCCCACCCGAAGUCCCCAUCUCAGAGAGGGCCAAAGACUUGAUAUUAAGGUAUUGCACUGAUGCUGAGAACAGGAUUGGAGCUGUGAGUGUGGAGGAAAUCAAGAGUCAUCAGUUUUUUGAGUCAGUGGACUGGGAGCACAUCAGGGAGCGGCCAGCGGCCAUCUCCAUUGAAAUCAAGAGCAUUGAUGACACCUCAAACUUCGAUGACUUCCCCGAAUCAGACAUCCUACAGCCAGCCAGUGCAACAGAGCCAGACUUCAAAUCGAAGGACUGGGUGUUCCUCAACUACACGUACAAACGCUUCGAGGGUCUGACUCAGCGAGGCACCAUUCCCACAUACAUGAAGGCAGGGAAGGCCUGACACGCCGCAACGCCAGACGGUGUUGUGGAGAGAAAACGUUUACGGACACAGGGUCGGGCCGCGGAGCCCCGCUGGCGAUGAAGGCUGAGCUGCCAGCCUCUCAGUAUAAAUUUAACUCUCAUCACAAGUUAUUUAGGUCUGCUCAGCCGCUGCAAGAACCGCCAGGAGGCCGGAAAUUAAGGAGCAGUACCGCAUUACCUCGGUUGUUUAUAUCGUAUACACGUGCUGUCUUUAGCCAUAGCUCUCAGGCCAGCUCACUAAAUAGGAAACUAAAUCGGCAUAUCUGCAUGUUCGGCGGCAUAUUGCUUCUGGAGAGGAUUUUUUUACUGCCUAAAGGGGUCAGCGGGAAUGAGGAUGGAAUACAAAUCACUGCUUCAACAUCUUCUCUACCAUAGUUUCUACACUGGUGGCUAAAUUAGCUCUAAUACAAACCGGAUUUCUAGGACUAAAAAGAAGCUCUGUACACUGUAAUCAAACUCUGAAAGAUUAAGUAAGAACUCAGACACCUAUCACCCAUAAUGUUUAGUCUCUGUUGGAUUUGUAAGGAAAGUUCCAGCAUGGUUUCCAGGGUUUUGACUCACUUUCUGCUUUAUAUUUAAGAGUUGAUCCCACUGAGAAAGAUGGCAUUUAAAAUCUUUCAUUUCACUUUCAUUUUAGCUGGUAGAAGCAUGUUGUUUUGGUCUAACAGGAAGUGGAGCAACGCUUAUGUCAACCACAGGAGAUGGCAGGGCAACUUCUGGUAGAGAAAUGCUGACGAUUGAUGGAAAGUUUAUGUGACUGUAUUGUAUUCGUAUGCCGUAGGUUUAUAGAGUAGGCUUGUCAACACAUUGUUAGCCAUGCUAGAGUCUUAGCUCUAGGGAUUGCAAUGUCAGUCCACCGCUUUGGUCCAGUAUGAAAUAACAGAACAACUACUGGAUGGAUUGUCCUAAAAUCGUAUACAAAUACACGUCCCCCUCUGGAUGAAUUGGAAUAACUUUGUUGGUUCCUGACCGUUUGAUCCAGCAAAAUCAUCAGGUACACUUUAUCCAACACUUUGGUUUAAGACUUCUAAACCUAAUAGCAUUCCCAUCAGCCCCAGCUGCGCUUCAUGUUUAGUGCUAAUUGGCAAACAUGCCAAACUAAGAUAGUGAACACGGUUAACAUUAAAGCUGAUUGACGUCAGCAUGUAAGCUGGGGAUGUUAGCGUGUUGAUGUUAUCGUUUAGCUCAAAGUGCUAAUCUCUCCGAGCACAUCCUCAUGGAGCUGCCAAGCCUGGCUUUGGACUUCAGCCUGAUCUUGACAUUUUUGAUGAAUGUUGCUCGACAGUAAUGUAAACAGCAAAAAAGUGUCACUCGAGACCUUUCUUUCUGGUUGCGCCCUCUGAGAAUUUUCUUAUGUCUCAGGCAUAAGGAUGUAAUGUGGAGAUAAUAGUUUUCAUUCCACACCGACUCGGACCUGCAAGUUUGUGUCCGAGUUCCUCUGAGUGAGAGGAACCUGCUGCUCGCUGACAGGCUGGGAGCUGAUCAAUCAAUAUACAAUUAAUAAGCUAAAGAUAGAUAUACAGCAUUUCUGUGAUUUAAAGAGCCGUCUGUGCAGGUUAUGCUCGGCAACAGAAACAGAGCAUUAAAAACGCAGAAGUCUCCGGUUGCCAUGGAGAUGACUUUCAAGAAAAAAAAAACCUUUCGUUGAAGCAUAAAUUGAAAAUGACGCGUAGCCGUUUAAUUCAUGUCGUGGCAACACUCAUCAGGAGUGUGACAUUUAUGUUGCACGUUUCUAUAAGAAAGUGACGGGGGGUGGUUCUUACCGUAACAGUGGUGUAAUAAACAAUUAGCAUUACAGCGAUAGAAAAUAUAAAAGAAAUGAGUAAAAACUCAUAUCAUGCUGGAAUUCUCCUCGAACCCUCUCGAUGGUGAUACACAGUGCCACUUUGUGUCAGCUCUUCCUGUGGCGUUGCCUCACAGCGCUGUUGCUUUUCUCACAGAGGAGCCACUUGUUGCCAGGAGACGUGUGAAUGCAGUCUACCCGGUGCUCGACAUCCGUUACUGUGGAUUGCUGGCUCUUCACUGAUGCCAAACCAAGUGCAGCGUGUGUCACUUCCCUUGAGAGCUAGUUGUUUUGUUCAGAUCUGUGCUACAGCAAUUGAUAUUUCCCUGGAUUUUAACUUUAAUGAGCGAGGGCCAAUUGCAUCAUUCUUAGAAGGACAAAACAUGCAAAGUGCCUUUAACUAGCUGAGAAAUAUUUAACCAGAUAUUUUAGUCAUUGGACAUUAAUCAGAAAGUAUUAAUUAUUUGUAGAAAUAAUAAUAAAGCUGUUGGUAGAAGGAAGUGAGCAGCAGGGAAUGAUAAAAGGGCAAGGGAAGAAUUAGACCCUUCAUAAAUCGGCUUGGGAGAAAGCAACGGUUAAAAGCUCUGAUGUGUCACAUUCAUUAUGUCUGCAGUGCAAUAAAGCUAUGAAAUGAAAGAGGUGAUAAAACCGAGUGAGGAAACAAAGGCAGGAUAGAAUAAGGGUCAGAUAAUAAAACAAGGGGCUCAUAAAAACACGUCAAGCUGAACAAAAUGAACAAAGUGUCUCUGUCCAGUAGAGAUUAGAGAGAAGCUAAAUACAAAUGGACUAACAUGGUGGAAGGCUUAAACAGCUGUAUGGUUCUUGAAUGUCUUUUAUGUUGAGUAAAGCAUUACGUGUAGUUUAUUGUUAUUUUUUUAAUUUUUAUCAUCCAAAAGAAACCCUCUAAAAAGCCAAUGCCAAGCCUGUCUUUCUCAACAAAACAGCACAUUUAACCAUCGACUGGACACAGCGCUUCAAGUAGUUAACCAAAGAACUCUGGUCAUCACACAGCAUUUCACAUUCAGAUGUAGCUGAUGCUUACUGCGCUGAACUCAGACUACCUUAAAAAAAACAAAGAAGAACACCUUUCCGAGAGCUAUACUUGGUUAUGGAAGAAUUUGCCAUUUCUAUUUCUAUACUUUUGGGAAAAUGAGUGCGCAGACAGAUGUUUCUCAGCCAACGCGUUUGUUAAGCGUCAAAAUGCAAGAAAAGCUAUAAAUGCAGAUACAGGGACAGGAAAUAUACUGAAGACUUAACCAUAUUGGACUAAGUUCAGCUGUAGCCAUCACAGGAAUCCCGCAUUAAUCUGUUUGUGGUGCUAUUUGUGGGGAAUUGAUAGAGAAAGUGGUCCUGCAGUUAGAAUACACACCUAUACCAGUCCCUCCUCUUACACUUUAUCUGUUUGACCUUCAUUCAUCCAAGUAGUCCUGUUAAAAAUGUUAAAAAUUUGUUGGUUUGUUUUUUGUAU